CAAGUUUAGCAAUAGCUUAGUUAUUACAGUUGAAGUGUUUGUGAUGCGCGGGAUGUGAUAAUUUUGUCGACGGUGAUAAGCGGUGAUACUAUGUAGGGCGCUGUGAUCGUUUUCCGAAUUUUGUGCUGUUGGAAUUAUAGACCCUUUCGAUUUUCAAGAUGAUGAACAAAUUCAAAGUGGUCGGCCUAGUGGCCGACCUAAUGCCCAACAUCAGGCUUAUCCAGGGCUCGGGACAUUUUAUGUUCAACUAUUACGCAGAUAAUUCCAGCGGAAUGCACAGCCUUAGACUCGGCUACUCUUGUUUGAAUUUGGUUCUAAUAUUGGUGCAGUUUGGGUGCAUGUUCGGCAACCUAGUGGCUGAAAAAGACAACGUCAAUGAUUUGGCGGCCAACACCAUCACUAUGUUAUUCUUCACCCACUGUAUAACGAAAUUUAUAUAUUUCGCGUUAAGAUCCAAACUCUUUUAUAGAACGUUGAGUAUAUGGAACCAGCCAAAUAGUCAUCCGAUUUUCGUGGAGUCCAACAACAGAUAUCACGCGUUGGCUCUGAAGAAAAUGAGAACGCUGCUCUACUGUGUGAUGGCUUUCACCAUUUUAUCCGCGUCAGCAUGGGUCGGCAUCACCUUCGUUGGCGAAAGCGUACACCAAAUCCAAGACCCAGAUAAUGAAAAUGAGACCAUAUCCGAAGAGAUCCCCAGGUUACCCGUUAGAGCGUGGUACCCGUUCAACGCCAUGUCGGGAAUGCCGUACUAUAUAGCGCUCAUUUACCAAGUCUACUACGUCCUAUUCUCCCUGCUGCACUCUAACCUGCUGGACAGUUUGUUCUGCUCUUGGUUGAUAUUCGCUUGCGAGCAGCUCCAGCACUUGAAGGAGAUUAUGAAACCGCUGAUGGAACUGUCGGCUUCGCUAGAUACGUACGUACCGAAAAGCGCCGACUUGUUCAAAGCGCCAUCUAGCGCCGCAUCGACUGACAACCUUAUCGAGAACGAAUACAACAACAGAAACGACGAGCUGAACCUGAAAGGGGUGUAUAGUACGCGGCAGGAGUUGGGUGGGUUGAAUUUUAGGAGCGGGUCUUUGCAGACGUUCGGGGCCGGCGGUGGAGGUUUGGGUCCCAACGGAUUAACCAAGAAACAGGAACUAAUGGUACGGUCCGCCAUCAAGUACUGGGUGGAGAGACAUAAACACGUUGUUAGGUUGGUCACGGCUAUAGGCGACGCUUACGGCGUGGCUCUCCUGCUACACAUGUUAACAGCCACCAUUAUGCUCACUCUCUUGGCUUACGAAGCCACCAAGAUAAAUGGCGUAAACGUAUACGCUGCGACCACGCUAGGUUAUCUAGGGUAUUCCCUAUUACAGGUGUUCCACUUUUGUAUAUUCGGAAACAGGCUCAUAGAAGAGAGUUCAUCGGUGAUGGAAGCCGCGUACAGUUGUCAUUGGUAUGACGGCUCGGAGGAGGCUAAGACGUUCGUACAGAUCGUGUGCCAGCAGUGUCAAAAAGCGCUGUGUAUAUCGGGUGCAAAAUUUUUUACGAUUUCCCUCGAUCUUUUCGCUUCAGUACUUGGUGCAGUUGUCACUUACUUUAUGGUAUUGGUGCAGCUUAAGUAAACCUUUUGUCAUGAUUUAGUAAAUGUUGCAAUAUCUAGAAUGCCAAAUCAAACAGUUAUUUUCCCGUAAUUUCCCUUAAUCUAAUUAAUCGAUUGUACAUAACGAACUCUUAUCAAUUUCAAAUAUUCACACAAUUUUAUAUUCCAGUACUAGUUACCAAAUUGUAUUUUUAGCAAUAUUUUUGAUCAUGUAUAUACAGUAUACGUCCCGCAACGCGACUAGGUUCAGUUUUAUCGACAUUUUUCUACGUUAAUGGUUUCUUAAGGCCUCUGUUAGAGCACAAAUUCCUUUUAAAAAGGUUAUCGUUAUUUAUACGUAACAAUAUUUAUAUAUUUUGUGAACGGGGGGAACUGGGGGGACCGCGUGUAUCCGACGAAUAUCUGAAAUGUGUCACAACGGACCGGGGCUGGGAGGUAAUUUGUAGAUCCCCCUUCUCUGUUAAUUAUUUACCCAAAUUUGCAUUAAAUAUUUAGAAUAACAAUUUGUUCUGAACACGUUAUUUUUGUAGAUCCGUUUGUUAGAGGCAUUCAACGUGUCUUAUAUAUCGUUAAUUGUAAUAAUACUGUUAAAUAGGUUCGGAUACAAGCGGCAAGAAUAAUUUUCGGUAUCUUCGGAACCGACCCGAAUUCUUGACGCCAAAUCUUGAAUGGGAAAACAAACGCUACCUGAUUUUUGUAAAAACUAAUAAAGUACAUGUUAGGAUUAA